AUGCGUCACGUACGUCAUUUUGUUGAAUUCAUUCUUUUGUUUGGACUUGUAGUCAAUACCUCUGCUGAUGAAUCAUCGGAACGAAUCGAGUGUUUUCCGGAACGCGAAUCUAAAUAUUCUCUUUAUUCCAAGGAAGCAUGUUUGAAUCGUGGUUGUGAAUUUGAUGACGCGGCACAACCAGACAUGGUUCAAUGUUAUUUAAAACCCAACUAUGGAUACAUCUUGCAAGGAACUCCACAACAAACAAGCAGCGGUUUUCAGCUGAGAUUGAAGCGAAAUGAGGCUGUCGUCAGCAUGUUUCCAAAUCCCAUCAAUAAUGUAGUACUUGAUGUUCAAUACUAUACCAAUGAUAUACUCAGAUUCAAACUGUACGAUGAAGAAAAACAACGUUAUCAAGUACCAAUUCCAUUAACUCCUUCUCCCGAUCGAGCUUUAAACCCUCAAUAUAACUUUACUUAUUACUCGAAUUCUUCGCGUGACAACAUUUUUUCCUUUGCAAUAAAGCGUCUAGUGAAUCAAGCGACAUUAUUCGAUACAUCUCUUGGAGGUCUGGUACUCAAUAAUCAAUUCCUUCAGAUAGUUACACGACUUCAAUCACGACAUGUCUAUGGAUUUGGUGAAAAUAAUCAUGACACAUUGAAGCAUGAUGUCAAUGAUCGAAAAGCGUGGGGCAUCUUUGCCCGUGAUCAAGGUACGGAUGAAGCUCUUCGAUUAAAUCACUAUGGCACACAUCCAUUCUAUCUCGUCAUGGAACAAUUACCGAAUACAGAUCAAACUCCAUCAGGUAAUAUGCAUGGUGUUCUUUUACUGAAUUCAAAUGCAAUGGAUUAUUCGUUCACACCGAUACCGUCAUUAACUAUACGUACAAUUGGUGGCAUUCUUGAUUUUUUCGUAUUUUUCGGUCCGAAACCAGAACAAGUAAUUCAACAGUACACUUGGCUGGUUGGUCACUCAAUGCUACCGCCCUAUUGGUCACUAGGAUUUCAUCUUUCUCGUUGGGAAUACGGAAGCUUGACAAGAAUGAAAGAAAUCGUCAAACGAAAUCGUGAUGCCGGAGUUCCACUUGAUGUUCAGCAUGCUGAUAUUGAUUAUAUGAAUGCUAGAAAAACUUUUACAAUUGAUCCGGUUAAUUUUGCAGGGAUGAAAGAGUAUUUUUCUGAACUAAACGCCGAUGGUGUGAGAACAGUUAUCAUUCUUGAUCCGGCUCUUUUCGACGAUCAAGUCAAUUAUCCAGCUACAAUAGAGGGUAUUCGAGAAGACGUUUUCAUCAAAUGGAGCAACGGAACGGAACUAAUGAAAGGAGCUUGUUGGCCAGGCGAGGUCUUUUUUCCAGCUGUGUUCGAUACAAAUGAAGUACAACCGUGGAACUGGGAGGAAACUGGUAGUAAUUAUACCUUAAAAUGUCCAAUUAGCACAUUGGAUGAUCCACCUUAUCGUACCAAGGCCGUAUUUCGAUAUGAUGAGAUCUUGAAUAAAUCUGGUCGCAUUUCUCAGAAGACUUUAUGUAUGUCAGCUGAACAAGGUGAAAUCGAUCCGAACACGAACAAACCCAAAUAUCUUCAUUAUGAUGUGCAUAAUCUGUACGGUUGGAGUCAAACAAAGCCAACAUUUGAUGCACUACGUGCAGCUACUGGAAAACGAGGUUUAGUUUUGCCUCGUUCAACAUUUGUUGGAUCGGGUCAAUGGAGCGGUCAUUGGCUGGGAGAUAAUAAUGCAACAUGGCACGAAAUGAAGCGCUCUAUAAUUGGAAUGAUUGAGUUCAACUGGUUUGGUAUUCCAUUCAAUGGGGCCGACAUUUGUGGCUACUUUAACACACCAACUGAAGAAAUGUGUACACGUUGGAUGCAAGUCGGUGCUUUCUAUCCAUUUUCACGAAACCAUAACAAUCGACGGACAAAAGAUCAAGAUCCAGCUGAAUGGUCUGCAUCUGCUCUCAAAGCUAUGAUAUCUGCUCUUCGCAUUCGUUACACUCUUCUUCCAUAUUACUAUACACUUUUUUACAAAGCACAUACACAAGGUUCAACAGUAAUUCGACCAUUGUUUCAUGAAUAUCCCACGGAUAAGGCAACUCUUGAUAUUUUUCUUCAAUUUUUGGUCGGACCUUAUCUGAUGGUGGCUCCUGUCACUGAUGAUGGUGCUCGAACAGUUAACAUAUACAUUCCAUCAUCGCCAUGGUACAAUUUUUAUGAUGGUGCACGAAUUUCAGUACAGAAUCAAUUCCUAUCAGUUUUAGCACCGCUAGACAUCAUCCCCAUAUUUCUGAGAGGUGGAGCCAUUUUACCAACGCAAGGUUUUGCAAAUAAUACAAAACUUUCAAGACAGCAACCAUUUGGUCUAAUCAUUGUAGUGAAUUCGGAUGGAAACGCUGAAGGUGAUCUAUUCUAUGAUGAUGCACGUUACUGGACUCAACAUGGUUAUGCAUUUGUGGUAGCUGGCUCUCGUGUCACAGGCGAUUCUGGUGGUGAAAUGGUUUUCAAUGCUCGUGAAGGUAAAGACGGUUAUGAUUUGAUUGAAUGGAUUGUCAGUCAGUCUUGGUCGAAUGGUCGCAUUGGUAUGCGUGGUGCUUCUUACUCCGAAGAGGAUCAGUGGUAUACUGCUCGAGAACAAUCUGCACAUCUCUCAUGUAUUAAACCAAGUGUUAUCCCCACACGUCCUAUGGACGAAGUACCCUAUGAUAAUGAAGCAUUUUUUACUUCAAUGAGCCGUGUUGUGGAUCAAUUCGCAUAUUCAUCGUCUAUAAAAUAUUGA